AUGUGCUAUUUUCUCACCGGUCUAGCCGACGAAGCCCUCACGGUGAAGCUUGGAGAGGAGGCCCCGACCACCUUCGCCGAAGUGCUUCAGAAGGCGAAGAAAGUCAUCGAUGGACAGGAGCUCCUCCGAAUCAAAACCGGCCGACCAGAACGAAAGAUCGGCCGGGGCAGAAGUGGAAAAGAUAUAGAAAAGGCAGAUCCCAAGUCCAAGGACAAGGGAUCCUUCUCCAGUGGCCGAGCUGAGUAUCGAAGGGUGGAGAACAGACCUACCAGGAGCCGACCUUACGAACGCUUCACCCCGACCACGAUUCCAAUUUCCGAGAUCCUAACGAACAUCGAGGAGUCUGGAAUGGAAAAACACCUCAAACGCCUUGAGAAGCUUCGGGGAGCCCCGGAGAGGCGCAGCAAGGACAAGUAUUGCCGCUUCCAUCGGGAGCACGGCCAUAACACGUCGGAUUGCUGGGAAUUGAAGCGCCAAAUUGAGGAUCUAAUUCAAGAUGGAUACUUCAAGAAAUUUGUGGGGAAGCCCGGGACCAGCUCGGCAGAAAAAAAGGAAGAUAGGAAGCGUUCGCGGACGCCGUCCCGGUGCACUGAUCGACCUGCGGUCAUCAACACCAUUUUCGGAGGGCCAAGCGGGGGCCAGUCCGGACAUAAAAGAAAGGAGUUAGCUCGUGCAGCCAGGCGCGAGGUGUGCAUCAUCAGGGAGCAGAGGCCGACCUGCCCAAUCACCUUCGACAGCGCAGACUUGGAGGAGGUCCACCUGCCCCACAAUGAUGCACUUGUGAUCGCUCCCUUGAUUGAUCAUGUGGUGGUCAGAAGGGUGCUAGUAGACGGGGGCGCAUCUGCUAAUAUCCUGUCCCUACCGACCUACCACGCCCUAGGAUGGACAAGGUCGCAGUUGAAGAAAAGCCCAACACCRCUAGUUGGGUUCUCUGGAGAAUCGGUMAUCCCAGAAGGUUGCAUCGACUUGCCGGUCACAUUUGGGCAAGACAAAACUCAGGUCACCCAAAUGGCCGAGUUCGUGGUGAUUGACGGUAAAGGGGCGAUGCGAAAAGUUCAAAAUGAUCAAGCCUCUGAACCUGAGGGUACGAAGUGCGAUAUGAAGAACAGCUACGGACUUAGGAGUAUAGCCUUUUAA